AUGACCCGGGGCGUGAUUUCCGGUGAGAUGAGGGGAGGGGGCCUCCUGAGCCUCGAGUGCCUGGUCUAUGCUGCCGAGGAGCACCCAGCCACUUUUCAGAGCCUGAUGCAGAAGCGGGACGGCAAGCGCAGUGACUGGGAAUACCCCUUUGCUGCCGCCGGGGUCAAUCUCACGUUCAUGCUCGCGGGGUUUGAAGCUUUUGCAAGCCUCGUUGUAGCUGCACAGGUCCUGCUCGACAGGAUCUGGCUGGAAAAACGAGCCUCUUACAUGGAGUUCCAGGCAGUGCUUAGGGAGACCCAGGAGCAGCUGGAAGGACAGCUAACCCAGCUACUGCCGGGUCAGGGGCCAGAAGUGCUGCUGCUUCGCUUGAAAGAUGACUCCUGA